CGGCCGUCGCCGCCGCCCCCUACCCGGGCUCCAUCCCGGUGGUGCCAUCCGACGGUCCAUCUGUGGUGCUCGGCGGUAGCUGCAGCGGCGGCGGCGCGAUGGCGACCCGGGCCUCCAGGUCUCUCUGGUGGGCUGUAGGAGCGGCCACGGCAGGCUCGGCGGCGGCGGCGGGCAUGGCCGUGCUCGGGAUGCUGGAGGGCGCCGCGGAGGCGGUGACGGGCGGCGGGCGGCUGUCGGCUGCGCUGGCCGCGUGCGUCUGCACGCUCAGCCUGGCCUACCUGCUGCGCCGCGGCCUGGGCCACCCGAAGCAGCCGGCUGGAGAAGGGAAAUGUCCACCCUACAUUUUCUCUCCUAUUCCUUUCCUUGGACAUGCAAUAGCAUUUGGGAAAAGUCCUAUUGAGUUUCUGGAAAAUGCGUAUGAGAAGUAUGGCCCUGUAUUUAGUUUUACGAUGGUGGGCAAGAAGUUUACGUACCUCCUUGGCAGCGAUGCUGCUGCCCUGCUGUUCAACAGCAAGAAUGAAGAUCUGAAUGCAGAAGACGUUUACAGCCGGCUCACAACACCAGUCUUUGGAAAAGGAGUUGCUUAUGAUGUGCCAAACCCAGUAUUCUUGGAACAAAAGAAAAUGUUAAAAACUGGCCUUAAUAUAGCCCAUUUUAAACAACAUGUUUUGAUAAUUGAAAAAGAAACAAGGGAAUACUUUGAAAGCUGGGGAGAAAGUGGAGAAAAAAAUUUGUUUGAAGCCCUUUCUGAGCUCAUCAUUCUCACGGCGAGCCACUGUUUACAUGGAAAAGAGAUCAGAAGCCAGCUGAACGAAAAAGUGGCCCAGCUCUACGCAGACCUGGAUGGAGGCUUUAGCCAUGCUGCCUGGCUCCUGCCAGGCUGGUUGCCUUUGCCCAGUUUCAGGCGCCGGGACCAAGCACAUCGAGCAAUCAAAAACAUUUUCUGUGAGGCGAUCUGGAAACGUAGGAAGUCCAAAGAAAAAAUUGAUGAUAUUCUUCAAACUUUACUAGAAUCUACUUACAAGGAUGGGAGGCCUCUGACAGACGAUGAGAUUGCAGGGCUGCUGAUUGGACUUCUGUUGGCGGGGCAGCACACGUCCUCGACCACAAGUGCUUGGAUGGGCUUCUUUUUGGCCAGAGACAAAACGCUGCAGGAAAAAUGUUUCUUAGAACAGCAGAGUGUCUGCGGAGAAGAUUUGCCUCCUCUAAAUUAUGAUCAGCUCAAAGAUCUACAUUUGUUAGAUCGCUGUUUGAAAGAAACCCUAAGACUUAGACCUCCUAUAAUGACUAUGAUGAGACUGGCCAAAACCUCCCAGAUUGUAGCAGGCUAUACAAUUCCUCCAGGUCAUCAGGUGUGUGUCUCUCCUACUGUUAAUCAUAGACUUAAAGACUCUUGGAUAGAACGCUUGGACUUUAAUCCUGACCGAUACUUACAAGAUAAUCCUGCAUCGGGCGAGAAGUUUGCAUAUGUGCCUUUUGGAGCAGGUCGGCAUCGCUGCAUUGGCGAAAACUUUGCGUACGUCCAAAUUAAGACAAUCUGGUCCACUCUGCUUCGCUUGUAUGAAUUUGAUCUUGUUGAUGGAUAUUUUCCUACUGUGAAUUAUACAACUAUGAUUCACACCCCAGAUAACCCAAUAAUCAGAUACAAACGAAGAACGACAUGAAAAAAACAAGACGGGAAAACCAUGUUUGUAUGUUGUGAGGCGCUGUAUAGCAUUUGCACUGAAUGAAGUUCACAAAAUAACUUUAAAAUGUACUGGGUUUUUGGGUGUGCAAUUUCAAAAGAAAACUAGUCUAUGAAUGCUUAUGCUACAGUGGUAUUUGUUUACAUGAUUAUAAUGCCAUUCUCCAUACUUUACUUGCCAUGUGUACAUUACUGGAGUCAAGUUCAUUGAGACAUUCUAAAAUUGGGCUGAGAAAGAUCUAAUCCUCUAAACAGGAUUAAUUUUAAGGGUAGUUUUCUACUAUAAAUUCUGAGAAAAGGAUGUGUAUGUUUCAACUGGAAGGCGGGAGCCUGCCCAGGACUAUUAACAUAACGAAUGUGAAAUCCAGUAAAAUUCCAAGGAUGGAUGCAGGCUUACUCAAAUGACAUGAUGCAUUUAAAAAAAAAAUAAAUGGUGCUUUUAAAUUAGAGUAGUUGUGUUAAAUGUCUUCAUACUAUGGUCAUAUUCAGGUUACAUGUGGGAAUAGGGUUCCUCCAAAAUAUCCAAUUUCCUCCAAGUUGUGUCACUAGAAAAUCAGACAGUUCCUACCAAGGUCUGAUAAGCUUUUUGUUUUUGUUUUUGUUUUUUUGGUCUUUUAAUAUUAUAAAAAAGGAAACUAAAAUCUUUACUCUCAAAUUAUAUGUAUUUUUACAAAUUAAUUUUUAUACUUACCAGUUAUUCAUGGCUUGGAUGAUAGGUUUCAUCUUCGGUUGACACUCCCAGGAGCCUACCUGCUUCAGCAGAAUUUUGGGAAGCCCCACUCUUGUCCAAGAACAUCUCUUUGGAUUUCUGGGAGAGAAAAGGGUGCCAGAAGUUUGUCUGGUACCAAAGGUUUAUUUGUUAAUAUUUUGAAAAGGACUAGUUCCUUCCUCCUUUUAUCUAUAUCAGAAAGGAACACCUGUAUGCCUUCCCCCUGCCUCCGUCUCCCCUCCCCCCAUAGCUGUUAGAGAUAGACUGUAGUCUAAGUGUCUCCUGGGAUUAAGCCUGAUUGUUAUUCUUACUUAAAUUACCUGAAUCCAAUAAAUGUAGACGUCUGUUUUGAUUGAGGGAGAGGGAACUAAAUAUCAAACUGUAAAGGUAGAAUUGACAGAUUCAUGUAUAUGUUCUAAUUUGAAACUUUACUAGGGGUGUGUACGUAUGUAUGUGACUAUAUUGAUACUGGGUAUUUCAGUACACAAUUUGUUCUUACUAGGUAAGGCUUGAAAUAUUCCCUCCUUGAAAUAUCAUGUAUGUUCCAGUAAUGUUCUUAGUUAAAAUAGUUUUCAGGACUCAUGUUGAACUCAUUAAAUGUAAUUAAAGUUGUGCUGUUAAUUUUUCACAUUAAAAUAAUUUUGGAUAAAACAA